AUGCUACGCUAUUCAAGCCUAUGUCGUCGAGCUCACGGCCCAAAACGGCUGGCACGUAUACUGAGACCUUUCUCAAAGGCGGUUUAUCUGCAUAAACCAUCCAUGGAUUUUGCAGGGAUGGAAAACCAAGCCAGUAACGAUGAUAUUGGGUUUCUUAAAUCCUCAGUGGUAUCCACAGCUCCAGGAUUUUCAACUUUUGAUAACGCGCAGGCUGCUGCACAAGCAGGAGAGACCCGAAAUAUCAUGAACCUUUGGUCGUUGCUGGAGGCUUGUCUUCACUCUGGCUAUAUGGAUCGUGCGUUUUCGAUUUUGAAAUCGCUUUACAGUCUCAAAUCACAUAGAGCGUCUUUCAUGGACGACUACAAUAAGUAUCUGGCGAAAUUUGCCGAAAAGGCCGGGGACCUGAAAGCCGUUGAUAAAAAGCUGUUUGACGACCUCCAAAAAUCGUUCCCAGCUGUGGACUACAACGACAAAACCCUGGCGAUUCUGAUACACAACGCGAUCAGGCUCUCUAAUUCCCAAGAAACUCGCUUGAAGCAUUGCAAAACAUACCUGAGAAUGGCCGUAAGUGGUCACAGAGGGAUCCUGAACAACGUCGAGGUGUUGACAGUGCAAGACUACCGAACUUUGAUAAACGAACUCGAAGUUAUAGAAGUGAGCGAUUUACCCGCUGAUUUGGCUCCCCUGGUGGUUGCCAACGGCCCCUCCCCGGAAAACAAGGAAGAACCAAGAGGAACCGCAGGCGGUGCCAAUGGAUCGACAGCACAGACCCAGGAAAGUACGGAAUUGGCAUUCCAGCAACAAAUUAAGGCUAUACCGAAGAACGCGGAUGACCUGCUGGCUGUAGACACCAUCGGCAUGAAGGUAGUACGACACACUUUACUCGGGCUUUCCCUAACGGAUGCACAAAGGAAACAGAUCAAGGAAUUUGACUUUGAGAGUGCCUCCAACCUUCUGAAUUUCGAAGACGGCCAGAACAACAUUGAUUUUUUUCAAAUCCACAAGAAUUUGAAGACAGCAGAAGAAAGAGAGGCUUUUGCAAAAGCCUUGGACGAAUUUAACCAAGACCGACAACAUCAGCUAGAACAUAGAGCGACAGACGCAGCAAAAGAACGCUGGAAACACGACUUUGAGGAAGCUAAGGCAAGAGGUGAUCUGUCCAUUCAGAAGAAGCUGAAUGUCAAACUAUGGGAGUGGUUUAAUCAGAUGUUGCCACUGGUGAAGGAAGAAGUAAAGCGGUGUGCUGAAGUAGCAAGCAACUCAGUACAGGAAGGUGCUCUUAGUGUCAAGGAAAAAAAGCAAAACAAAGCAAGACAGGAUUAUGGGCCUUACUUGACUCUUGUCGAUCCAGAAAAAAUGUGUGUUAUAACGAUCUUGGAGCUUUUGAAGCUGAAUUCCACCGGAGGCGUGAUCGAAGGUAUGCGGACUGCUAGAGCUGUCAUUUCUGUUGGUAAAGCAAUUGAAAUGGAGUUCAGGGCAGAACUUUUGCUUAAAAACGAGUCUUUUGUUUUCAAAGAUAUCAACAAGAAAUCGCAUGAAUUCAAACUUUUAGUGCAGCGUGCUAGGAACACUUUCCGCUCAAUGAAAAUCGAGGAAUCCAAAAUCCUUUGGCCCCAAGAAUCUCGUGCCAAAAUUGGCUCCAUUUUGAUUUCGAUGUUGAUUCAUGUUGCUAGAGUGCGGGUAGAGGGUGUCGAUCCAGUAACACAAGAAAAGAUCCAAGGCGAAGCCCCAGCUUUCUCUCAUGGAUAUCAAUACCACAACGGCUCAAAAUUGGGUGUACUCAAGAUCCACAGAAGUCUCGUCCAUCAGCUGAACGGCGAACGUUUAGUUGCCGCCGUUCAACCGCAGCUCCUCCCCAUGCUGGUGAAACCGAGACCAUGGAAGAGCUGGAAUUCGGGUGGAUAUUUCUACACCCAAUCAACACUUAUCAGAUCGAAGGAAUCGCCAGAACAAGUCGCAUAUUUGAAAGCAGUGUCUGAUGCAGGUGCCAUCGAUAAUGUUUAUCACGGGUUGAACGUUUUGGGCGAGACUGCCUGGACAGUGAAUCGUAAGAUGUUUGAUAUUAUGUCGCAUGUGUGGAACACAGGUGAAGCUUUUCUUGAUAUUCCAGGCAAUCAGAGUAAACUCAUACUGACACCCCAGCCACCCAGAGAUGCAGAUCCUUCGGUUCAUAGAAAGUGGAAACUAAAGAACAAAGAGCUUGCCAAUGAAUUUUCGAGCGGCAGGUCAGCUCGUUGUGAUGCUAAUUAUAAGCUAGAGAUUGCGAGAGCUUUCCUCGGCGAAAAGUUCUACUUUCCCCACAACUUGGACUUCCGUGGCCGUGCUUAUCCACUGUCGCCCCAUUUCAACCACCUGGGUAACGAUAUGAGCAGAGGGCUUAUGAUUUUUUGGAACGGGAAAAGGUUGGGUUCGACAGGUCUGAAAUGGUUGAAGGUCCAUCUUUCAAAUCUAUUUGGCUUUGAUAAGGCUCCUCUUGAAGAGCGUGUAUCUUUCACCGAAAGUCAUCUUGAAGACAUCAAAGAUUCUGCAGAAAAUCCUUUGAAUGGAAAAGGCUGGUGGAAGCAAGCAGAUAAACCCUGGCAGGCUCUUGCUACCUGUAUCGAGUUGAACGAAGCUUUGAAGCUUGACAAUCCAUGCGAUUUCAUCUCUCACGUUCCUGUCCACCAAGAUGGAACUUGCAAUGGUCUGCAGCAUUACGCGGCACUCGGAGGUGAUGUCGAAGGUGCGAAGCAGGUGAACUUGAUGCCCAGUGACAGACCGCAGGAUGUCUAUUCACAUGUUGCGAAGUUGGUCGUAGCAAGGUUGGAAGCAGCUGCAGCUAAAGGCGAUGAGAAAGCUGAGCUUCUUAAAGGCAUGAUAAAACGCAAAGUUGUCAAGCAAACCGUGAUGACCAACGUCUAUGGUGUCACCUACAUCGGUGCUACUCAUCAGAUCGAGAAGCAAUUAUCCAAUGUGUUUGACGAUUACAAAAGCUCUUACGAAAUGUCAAAGUACCUGACGAAACACGUCUUUGCCUCAGUCAGAGAGCUAUUCGAGGGUGCACACUUGAUUCAAGACUGGCUUGGAGAAUGCGCCAAAAGGAUCUCAAAGUCCAUAAGACUGGACAUUGAUGAAAAAGCAUUUAAGAACGGCAAUAAGCCUGACUUUAUGUCGUCUGUAAUUUGGACUACCCCAUUAGGAUUGCCCAUUGUUCAACCAUAUCGCGAAAGCGGCAAAAGACAGGUGGCAACCAAUCUUCAGACUGUCUUUAUAAGCGACCCAUUUGCUGUAAAUCCAAUCAAUGCGAGAAGACAAAAAGCUGGAUUCCCCCCAAACUUUAUUCACUCGCUGGAUGCAUCACACAUGCUUCUUUCCGCUCUAAAAUGUGGAGAGAGGGGCUUGGAUUUCGCUGCUGUCCACGACUCUUAUUGGACCCAUGCGAGUGACAUUGACACAAUGAACGUGCUUUUGAGAGAGCAGUUCAUCAAGCUACAUGAAGUUGAUCUCAUCGAGAGGUUGAAAAAUGAAUUCGAUGAGCGCUAUAAAAACUACUUACAGAUCAUCAAAAUUGACAAGAACUCAAGUGUUGCUUCGAACAUCAUCGAUCUUAGAAGGACUUUGUCGCAAAAGCUUGGUCGUCCAUUUACGCUAGCCGACGAGAUUUACAUGGAAAAAAAGCGCGUUCAACUACUUGAAUCCGAAGAUCCCACUGAAAAAGCAGAGGGUGCAGACAUGAAAACUACCGUAUCGCUUCUUGGCGAGAUCGAAGACAUUGGGUCGCUCGAAAAAUCGAGCGAUGCUAGCGGCAUAAUGGUUUUGGCUCCGCUAAAAUUACCUCAAAUUCCUCCGAAGGGGGACUUUGAUGUCAGAGAACUUGAGAACAGCAAAUACUUCUUUUCUUGA